AUGCUACACGAACUUCUACUGGCACUAUUGGGGUACACAGGAGACCUAAUUGUUGAUGAGAGAGAGCAUCAAUUAUCUGUUGGAUUGUCUCCUGAUGAAUCCAUCUCCGAUCGAUGUACAUUCAAGCUUGCUUCCGAUAUAUCUUUUAUUGAGCCCAGCGAAAGGGAUAUUAUUGAGAAGAUGAUUACUUUGGGGUUCUAUUAUCGUGAACUUGAUCGGUUUGCUACCAAGUCCCGAAAUUUAAGUUGGAUAAGGUCUGGGAAUGAGGCUCCUAUGUCACGCACUUCUGUGUUACUGAAAGAGAAGAUGGAGAAUCAGAGUGUUUAUAGGAGGGCCAUUGCUAAUGGCAUAGUGGAAGUUCUUUCUGUUUAUAGAUCUGCUGUUUUGCAUAUGGAGCAGAAGUUGCUAUCAGAUCCUCUUCCCAUCUUAGCAACAAUUAGUCAAGGCCUGAACAAGUUUUUUGUUCUUUUGCCACCUCUAUAUGAGCUUAUUCUAGAGAUUGAGCGUGAUGGCAUUUGUGGAGGCCGACUUCUCAAUCUUCUGCACAAACGAUGCCACUGUGGGGUGCCAGAGUUGCAGACAUGCACUCGGAGACUUCUUUGGCACGGACAUCAGGUCAUGUACAAUCAACUUGCUUCCUGGAUGGUGUAUGGCAUUCUUCACGAUCAAUAUGGAGAAUUUUUCAUCUGCGAGCAAGAAGGAAACUUGGAGCGUGACUCAUCCCAUACAAACAUGACUGAGAAGUUAGCACGCAUGUCAGUUAAUGAUGGAUCUUUAAGUGAUUGGCACUUGGGAUUUCAUAUCUCCUUGGAUAUGUUGCCGGAAUAUAUUCCAAUGCACGUGGCAGAAUCCAUUCUUUUUGCUGGAAAAGCAAUCAGGGUUCUUCGUAAUCCAAGUUCCGCCUUCCGGUCCGUAGAUGCAUUGUCUCAUCAGGCAAGACAUAAAAAAUUGAUGGGGGAUGAACUACUGCCACAAUCAGAGGCUGAUAAGAUUGAAUCGAUGCUUAAAAAUCUGAAGGAAUCAUCUGAGUUCCACAAAAGAUCAUUUGAGGGAGCUGUUGAUUCAAUCAGGGCUAUUGCUGCAAGUCAUCUUUGGCAGCUUGUGGUUGUGCGUGCUGAUCUAAAUGGGCAUUUGAGGGCCAUCAAAGAUUACUUUCUUCUAGCAAAAGGUGAUUUCUUCCAGAGUUUUCUUGAGGAGAGCCGUCAGUUGAUGCGUUUACCCCCUCGGCAGUCAACUGCUGAAGCUGACCUUAUGGUUCCAUUCCGGCUGGCGGUAACAAAGACUAUCAGUGAUGAUGAUAAAUUUUUUUCAAGAGUGACGUUGCGGAUGCCCGCUAUUGGGACUAACAUUAAAUCUUCCAAAAUCGAUGUAUCAAAGUCCAAGUAUGCUGAUGGCGAUUCGAGUGUGCUAUCUGAUUCUUUGCUGGAGAUGUCUCUAGAUGGCUGGGAUGGUAUUGCCUUAGAAUAUUCUAUUGAUUGGCCCUUGCAGUUGUUCUUCACACAAGAAGUUCUCUCAAGGUAUCGUAGGAUCUUUCAGUAUUUACUCCGAUUAAAGCGGACACAAAUGGAAUUGGAGAAGUCAUGGGAAUCGGUAAUGCAGCAAGAUCACUCAAAUUUUUCUAAACGCCAUACUGAACGUGUAAAUGGCUCCACAUCUCAACAGAGACGGCAAUGCUUUAGACCUAUGUGGCGGGUUCGAGAGCACAUGGCAUUCUUGAUUAGAAAUCUUCAAUUCUAUAUCCAGGUGGAUGUGAUAGAAUCGCAAUGGAAUGUAUUACAAACUCAUAUAGAGGAAUCACGCGAUUUUGCAGAGUUGGUAGACUUCCAUCAAGAAUACUUGUCAGCAUUGAUAUCGCAAUCAUUCCUAGAUAUUGGUUCCGUAUCAAGAAUAUUAGACGGAAUCAUGAAGCUUUGCUUGCAGUUUUGCUGGAAGAUCGAGAACCAGGAAAGCAAUGCAAGCACCAUUGAACUCGAACGUAUAACUGAGGAAUUCAACAAGAAGUCAAAUUCCUUGUACACGAUAUUGCGUAGUAGCAGGCUCGCGGGCAGUCAGAGAGCCCCUUUUCUAAGGCGUUUUCUUUUGCGUCUAAACUUCAAUUCCUACUUUGAGCAAACCGCCCAAGGAGUUAUGAAUGUCAUCCGGCCACGCUCAACAAUCCCGGUCCUGAAACGGUGAUAUGCAAACAGGUACCGGCAUUUGUUACAAAAAUUAAAAUACUUAUUCUAUCGUAUAAAGAUCGCAAUUAGGGCACGGUUUUAGGGAAGUAAUUCUAAGUUGAUUGUAAUGAUUACAACAUAGGAACAAGUAAUUGUAACUUGAAAUCUUUCUAAAUAUAGAAAUGGUAUCAUUUUCAUGGGAUUCUAAAGGCCAAAAUGUUGGUGUGAUGUAAUAGGUUAUGUGUAUUCAUAUGAAGAAAUU